AUGAGAAAUAGAGAAGAAAACACCCAGAAUUUUUCGAGGUUCGCCCAUAAACUGGGUUACAUCCUCGUUGAGCUGCUCCUCAGAUGGAAAGCUCGGAUCUUCACUAUGAAGUUGCUGUUACAAGAGCAUGUGAAAAGUAAGUAUAACAAAGACGGCGGUUAUUAUAAUUGCUACGUCAAGUUGCAACUCCGAAAUGGAUACCGGGCCCCUGGUUUUGAUGGUGACAUAUAUUUGAAACUACCUAAAUCUGUCCUCUCUUCUCUUAUUCACCGGGCUCCAGAUUAUGAGUCCAAUAAUUUCAAUUGCUUCUUAUCAGGCAAUUUGACUCAACAUCUGGACAGAAGAAACCAUGAAAAUUCAUCCCUGGAUAACAUUCAGGCUAGUUAUCUUCUUGCUGCUACUGGAUUCAGAAAAUUUAGUUACUUAGAGCUGAAAAAGGAAACGAAGGGUUUCAGUCUAGAGAUUGGAAGAGGUGCAGGAGGAAUAGUCUACAAGGCCAUUUUGUCUGAUAAUCGAGUUGCGGCCGUCAAGAAACUCACAGAUACUAACCAAGGAGAAGUCGAAUUUUACGCAGAAGUAAGCACCAUAGGAACACUGAACCACAUGAACUUAAUAGAAAUGUGGGGAUAUUGUGCCGAGGGAAAGCAUAGACUUCUAGUUUAUGAGUACAUGGAACAUGGAUCCUUGGCUGAGAACUUGGCUUCCAAUGCUUUGGAUUGGAAAAUGAGGUUUGAUAUUGCUAUAGGGACAGCCAGAGGCCUUGCUUAUUUGCAUGAAGAGUGUUUGGAGUGGGUUUUACAUUGCGAUGUAAAGCCUUAUAACAUACUCUUGGGCUCUAAUUAUCAACCAAAAGUAGCUGAUUUUGGCCUUUCAAAGCUACUAAACAGAAAUGAGCUCAGUGAUAACUCAAGCUUCUCGAGGAUAAGAGGAACUAAAGGCUAUAUGUCUCCUGAAUGGGUUUACAAUCUUCCGAUCACGUUUAAAGUGGAUGUUUAUAGCUACGGAAUUGUUUUGCUUGAAAUGGUUACAGGAAAUGGCCCAACAAGAGGUGUUUUGGAUGCAGAAGAUGUUGGUGAGGCACGACCGAAAAAGCUUGUUACGUGGGUAAGAGAUAAGAUGAAUGCUAGUGCUUCGCUGAGUGAAAAGGGGAUUGAUGAAAUCAUAGAACCCGCGAUCGUAAGCAACUAUAGCAUGAGAGAGGUGGAAAUUUUGAUUGAAGUGGCUCUUAGAUGCGUCGAGGAAGACAAAGAUGCAAGACCCACCAUGAGCCAAGUUGUGGAGAUGCUUCUAAGCAACGAAAAAGACAAGUGA